GGCGCCGCAAAAGCCCUGGGAGACCAUUCUAGCUUGAGAGGUGACUCGAGCAGGCGAGACGCAAAUGAGGGUCUUCCGCCACUUUAGACUGCACGAGGAGGACGGCGCGGCCGCGGCCGUCUACUCCGUGUCCUUGAAUCCCGACGGUUCAUUAUUAGCGACCUGCGGCGGCGACAAGUUGGUACGGCUCUGGUCGACGCAACUAUUUAAGAGUAAUGAUGAUGAGCCGGCCAAACACCUCGUCCAGUCGCUAUCAAAGCAUGUGAAAGUCGUGACCUGCUGCGCCUGGUCGUCGAAUGGAAGCUGGCUCGCCAGUGGCAGCGACGACACGCAGGUGUUAUUGUGGACGAACACGGGCGCCUCGUGGACGCGGCAGGCGACGCUGCGAGGCCACACGAUGGAUGUCUUAGAUGUGGCCUGGGGCGACGACGACAAAGUCUUGGCGUCCUGUUCGAUAGAUAAUACCGUAUUAAUCUGGGACGUCUCCACCAAGUCCAUGACCAUGACGCCCAAGACGACGUUGCGGGGCCACAAGAACUGGGUCAAGGGCGUGGCCUGGGACCCUACGGGGCGAUUCUUGGCUUCGGCCGGAGAAGACCGGCGAGUCUUGGUCUGGCGACGAGACAAAAACGCGUCUUCCGAAUUUCGCGUCGAGGCCGAUAUCAGAGCACCGUUCGAAGAUGUCACGGCCCAGACCUUCUUCCAGCGGUUGUCCUGGGCGCCGGAUGGGAGGAGUUUGGGCGUGCCGAACGCGCGGAAAGCUCUACAAGCGACGGCUUGUGUCCUUGCCAGAGGUAAAUGGGAGUCUGUAGCAGAUUUAGUAGGCCACCGGCACCCCGUGACCGUCGUACGAUUCAGUCCAGUCCUCUUCCACGGCGAGGACGACGAGGACCAGCCUCGGUCAGUCGUAGCUAUUGGUGGCCAAGAUGCCACAGUAUCUGUCUGGACUUCGGCAAGGGCAAAACCUCUCGUAGUGUUCCGCGACUGCUUCGGGGGGGCGGUUUCGGAUUUAGCUUGGUCGCGGAACGGCUCACUAUUAUGUGCGUCCUCGCACGACGGCAGUACGUGUACUUUUGAGUUUGACGUGGAGCGAGAUCUAGGAAAGCGCCUCUCGUCGUCGGACGCGCGGGCCCAUCUCGACGCGGCCUUUGCGGUCGAGGGCGGGUCGAACGGAUUGAGUCUGCCGAACCCCGCCGAGAUCACUCAACAAAAAAAGGAGCCGCCCAAGAAAAAAAGGAUAGCGCCGGCACCCGUCGCGGCGCCGCGCGUCAACGUGCUCAAGGCCAAGAAGAAGCGCAUCCAGCCGACGCCCGUCGGUGCUCCCAUGGCGGCCGCGGCGUCGCCGCCCGUGUCGCCGCCACGACCGCGGCCCGUCGCCGCGGCGCCGGCCGUCGCCGCGGCGCCUCCAUCAGACGCCGUGCCGCCGCCGGCCGACACGACGCUGCUCACUACCUCCCUAAAACUCGACGGCCGCGAGCUGCACGUCCAAGCUACGAUCGCGGACGGCCGCGCGGUCGUCGUCGCGUCGGACCAAGGUCAGAGACGGUGGCGCGCGACGGCCCCGGCGCCCGCGGCGGCAUUAACGGCCGGUUUCGAACGCGUCGUCGUCGGCGGCGCGGACGGGUCCGUACGUAUAUUGGAUGCGGCGUGCGGCGCGCUGCUCAUUCCGCCGUUACUGGUCGGCGCGCCGCCCGCGCGGCUCGCUUUGCACUCCCAGUAUGUCCUGUGCGUUUCUGUGGAUGCGGGCGUGCGCGUCUGGCGCGUCGACGAAUCGAAGGCGCCCGACCAAAGGAUAACCAAUGUAGCCCGGACGUCGGCGUCGCCCGCGUUGCGAGUCGCGGGCGGCGGCGACAUCGUCAAUGCAAGCGUCGAUGCAAAAGGCGUGCCGUCGCUCGGCCUCGCCUGCAAGGGCGACGCCCUCUCUAGGAGAGGCGCGUGCGUCGUCUGCGCUUAUGAUGAAAAAGCCGACGCCUGGCUCGAAAUCGCGGACGCGCUGUCGUCCUCCUUACCGCCGUCUCCAUCAACGACGGGGCUGCUCGUCGACGCGGCGCGCCAGGCUUCAGAUAGGGACGCGACGACCGCCGCGGACUUGCUGAGUGGCGACGCGUUGUCGCGCGACGCGGACGCGCUGUGCGCGUGCUUGGAGGCGAAGGUCCUGUGCGCCGAGCGCCUGGGGUCGGCUUCGGACCGGGACCACUGGGUGUCCAGCUACGCGGCGUGCCUCGCGGCGCGCGGCGACCGGCGGCGCAUCCUCGCUCUGAAUACGCGCCUGGGCCGGGCCGACGCCGAGCGGUUGCUGUUUCCUGCUUUGGCGGCCGAGGGCAAGCGGCACGCGCUGCUGGCCGAGCUGCGGGAGACCGAUCGCAUGGAGGACUAA